AUGGAUUUCCGAAACUGCGUGUCGAGCGAGGACUACAUGUUCGAAAUAAAAAACAAUGAGCAGCUCUUUGAUGGAAGCAGAAUGGUGAGCAAUAUCAAACCGUUAUGGAGCUUCAAAGGACACGAUAACUCCAUUGAGGGAAUCCAUCUCGUGGGCGAAAAAGAAUUUGCAACAAUUUCACACGACUGUAUGGUCUCCGUGUGGUCAUUAGAUGGUGAAAAAAAGAGCGCAACGAAUGUAGUGGACGUAAAAAGUGUGACUAACGUGAAGAACAUUAAGCUGGAUAACCCGAUACUAUGUUCCAGCUACCAUGAGAAGAAGAGAUACCUGUGUACCGGAAUGACAAACAAAAAUGAAAACAUAUGCAUAAUAGAUAUGGGAGAAAAGAAGGUUAAAGAAAUAUUAGCUAGUCAAUGUAAUUCAAUUUUUUGCAUGAACUAUUUUGAUGAAAAUAAAAUUACAUAUGGAAGUAAAGAAGGAUCUAUUUGUCUAAUAGAUUUGAAUAGAAAAAAAAAUGUAUACAGAUAUGAAGAGAUAGGUGACUGUUUAAAUUACUGUACUUGUAAUGAGGAAUAUAAGGUACAUAUUUUUAGUUCCUACAAGGGGAGUAUGCUAUUUUUUGAUUUUAGACAAGCAUUACCUAUUCAUAAGAAUGGAGAUUUACACUCCAGAUAUUCUAUCAAUACUGUGUUCUCAGAUGGGAGUUCCUUGUACUCAGGAGCAUCAGAUUGUUUAGUAAAAAAAUUCGACCUACGUUUGCUUGAUGAAAAGAGGCCGCUAGAAAUAUACGUUGGACAUACUUCACCUAUUCGUUUUUUAUCUUUCUCGAGAAAAUAUGAAAAUUUCUUCUGCUCAUCAUCAGAUAAUGGCAGUAUAAAACUUUGGCAGACUGAGAAGAAUGUGGAUGGAGUGAACAGGUCAAACUUAACCACCAAAACGGUUACAGAAAGGAACAAAAAUGGAGGAAAAAAUUUCCUACAGUUGAACAAAAAAACGGUUAGAAGUAACCGAUCCAGUUCUAUCGUAUCUGAGUGCAGUUAUAGAAAACCACCUGACUUGUUCAGAAAAGAAAAUAGCAAUAGGAAUUAUGAAAAAUUGGGGAAGGUGGAACGGACUAGUAUGCUUGACACGUAUAGGAAAAGGACUUUGACUCCAAAUGUGCAGAGCAUCCAUGAUAAGAGAGUCCAAGUCAUGUCCAGGAAUGAAUUAUUUAAUAUUAUUAAAACGAAGAAUGUGAAUAGUAGGAAGGAGAUCGCGCAUAAUUUUGCGAGUAAGGUUUAUUUAGGGAAUGGAAGAGAGGGACCCACUCAGGGAGAAAUAAAAGGAGCGAGGACCUCCAGCAGGUUAAAACUACCACUGACAUCGCAGCAUAGUGCAGCCACCUCUAAGAAUAGCACCAGUUGUAGGAACUUUAAGGGGAAAAACAAAAUUAGCAUAAGUGUGUCUAAUGACUCCGCCAAGGGAGGGGGCAGCCAAUUGGAGUUGAAACCCGACCAGUUCGACAUUCCCUUCCUACUCUUCAACGAAAGCGAUUUAACCAGCAGUCAUGCGAAGAAAAUUAAAAUAAGGCACUCCACUCUGUCCAUGUUGAACCACAGGAGCCGCGUUUCCGCGAUGGUGUGGGUGGGCGACUUGGUCUUGUCUACCUCGUGGGACCAGACGGUGAAGUGUUGGGACGUUCGUGGGCACGCCGCGGAGUAG